UGUACUGUGGCAAACGAACGCUGAGCCCAGCGAGGAAGGAGCGCCUUCACCAGUGUACGGCAACGUACGCCAUUUUGUGCAACGAAUACUCUGCGUGUGUGACUCGUCGAGUUAGGAUCUGAACUUGGUCGUUGAACGAGCAAAAGUUUCGAUCGAUUUGCCUGUGGCACGGACGUCCCGUAACAAGCUCGUUCAUUCGCGAACGGCGACAGAUAUUCACCUGGACGGAUAUCAAACAAAAAACAAAAGCCGAGCACCAAGAUGAGUAAGAUGUCUCGUUAUCCGUCAGACUGCAAGGUCUAUGUUGGUGACCUUGGAAACAGUGCCACGAAACAGGAGCUAGAGGAAGCCUUCUCCCAUUAUGGCCCUCUCAAGAACGUAUGGGUCGCCCGUAAUCCCCCAGGGUUCGCUUUCGUCGAGUUUGACGAUCCUCGCGAUGCCGAGGACGCCGUUCGAGCUCUCGACGGUCGGACCGUGUGCGGUAGGCGGGCCCGCGUCGAGAUCUCCAACGGCAAGCGAAACUUCAGGGACCGUGGCCCACCGAGACGGGGGGGUAGCGGGCGAUCCUAUGGCGAAGAGAGGUGUUACGAUUGUGGAGAAAGAGGCCACUAUGCAAGGGACUGCCCCAGGAAUGGAAGGACCCGUAGACGCAGGUCUGCUUCUCGAUCACGAUCACGCUCACGAUCUCGUUCACGGGCCCGUGGAGCCACUGGAGCCAGGCGUUCCUACUCACGAUCUUUAUCUCGCAGCCGCUCACGUAGCCGUAAUGGUCGCCCAAGGACGUUAAGCAAGUCCAGAUCCCCAAGAAGCCGCACACCACGCAGAUCCAGGUCUGGAACUCCACGCUCCCGAACAUAAGCGAAAACGGCACGAUAUAACGUCUGGUUAUAACUUGUUUAAGAUGACAUACUGAAAUAAAACAAAGCUGAAACAUCCCCGAAAUACAACUGGACUAAAAUUAUAAUAAAGUGUCAAAUUCGUUUGAUUUUUUACUACUAUCAUUGAUUUGUGCGCUAUACUGCAUAAUUUUAUAACUUUAAGUUAAUUUUUGUAUUAUUUCCCAUUGUAUCAUUUUGUGAUUAUUUAAUGCUAGGGUAAUCAAACUAAUUUAAUGUAACAGAUAUCUUAAUAGACUGGGUUGCUCUAUACACAUAUAUGUGUAAUCUAUGAAGUGCUUAGUUUUUUCAUCGUCGAAUAACUUCAAAUACCUAAUUUAUUGUGAGAACUUUGCAAACAUAUAUUAAUCAUGAUUGACUGUACAAGUAGAAAUUCAUUAUUGUGAAUUAAAAGUUCAUGGAUGUAAUUCUGCUUUAAAUAAAUGAAUUAGAUUUUGGAAACGAAAAA